AAUACUAGUCAAAUAUUGAUAAUAAGGAAAUGUUCGGUACGAUUUCGGACAACAGGAGCACAAUAACGGACGCGUUCAAUAUCGACAUGGAAUCAAAGAGUCAGGUGAAAUUUGACCAGGAUGUCUGGUCGGAGACAUUACUGAAAAACUCGAGGAGGCGGUCGACGUCCACUGUACCUGGAAUUUCGGCAAUUAACCGAGAUCACGAAUACGACGAUGACGAAUCCGAGGGUUCAGAGGUGGAAACCAACGCUCGGCGGGAAUCGGAGUACACGGGACCGUUUGAAAUCAGUGCCGGAAUUUUGAAACAAAUACGACAAGAAUUGUGUCUCAUACAACUCAGCUGGCCUCCAGAGAUCAAGUGUAUCGACAUCGACGAAAAUUUUCUACCUUCAAGUUACAACAACAACAGCGACAAAGAAAAGCUUUUGCUUUGGUAUACUGAAAAUUUUCGAAAACAAUAUCACACCAUUUACGCGAAUAGAAAACCAUUGCUGUUCGCACGCGACAACGAAUGCGGGAUACACAAGUUUGUCUCGACGACCAUCAGACCGAGUACCCUGCCGUAUCCGGAAUUGUCUACGUGGCAAGGAUGCGCGAAAUUCGUCAGCGACUACCUGACGUACGAACCACCAAGAAAUCCAAUUCUUAUGGUAAGUUUUCCGCUCAAUUUCUGCCUACCAGCUCCAGUCAGUGUCCGAUCAGUGUCAGUAUCAAUCUAUCCCAUUCACAGAUCUCCGCAAGUACUCGCUUAUUGA